GUUUCCCGGCCCCACGCUGGCGCCGGGCCAGGCUCCCAAAUGAGACGCCUUGCACCACGGAGCUCCCACUCACACCUCCCCGGUAUAAAACCCCGGCCCGCCGCAGCCCGCGCACACCUGGGACAGCCCGUGCUGCAGCUCCCCCGGACCCCGCGGCACAGGAGAGACCCCGGAGAGACCCCCAGAGACCCCCAGAGACCCCCGAGGAGCAGCGAGCAGCAGGAUGGGCCAGUGCAACUGCCGCAAGAAGCGCAAGGACUGCCAGGAGCUGACGGACGUGGAACGGGCCAUCGAGACCGUCAUCAGCCAGUUCCACUGCUACGCCGUGAAGGGCCAGAAGGAAUACCUGACCCCCAACGAGAUGCAGGAGCUGGUGGUGCAGAAGCUGCCGCACCUGGGCAAGUGCGUGGGACCCCUGGAAGAGAAGAUCGAGUGCAUGGGAGACCCUAACGAGGCCAAGCUGGAGUUCGGAGAGUACUGGGACAUGAUGGGGGACGCGGCCAAGGGCUGCCGGAGGAAGUAGAGGGUGGUGGGGGACGGGAAGGCGCCCGAGGCCUCAGGGCUCUGCUGCUGGGAACGCGAGAGGCCGCCGAGCUCGGGGGGACGCGCCUGGGAAAAAGGCACCUCGCUGCUGCCGGAGGAUCCCCCUCCCCUCUCCAUCCCUGCCCUCCUCGGCUCUCCUUCCCGUCAGGAUCGCUCCCUUCCCGCCCCCAGCUCCGCCCGGGGGGCACGGGGGGGGGUCCCGGAGCCGCCUCCACCCCCGGGCUUGUCCCACCUCCGAGCCCCCCGGGAGCCUCCGGGUGCGGCUCCCCCGGCCCCGGAGCUCCGCAGAGAUCGGGACUCGGCUCCUGCCCCCCGAUCCCCCCGGGACUGGGGGGUUCGUCCCCCCAGCCCCGUCACCCCAUGGCACCUCCAGGGGCACCUCCAGGGGCAGCCCGGGCUCCGCCGCGGCCGUGCCUGGGUGAGGGUGGCCCGGGAGCCUUCCCUGCGGUCUCCCCCGGUUUUUGGGGGGCUAUUUUGGGGGGUGCUGCCCUCCCGGUGUCCCCCCCCCGCCCCCAUCUCCAGGGGUUCCGGCCCCGAGCCGGGCACGGGGCGGGCUGGGGUCAGCCGGGGCCGCUCGCGACCAUUUUUGUAUAAAUUAAUAAAGGAAAAAAAUAAAAACCCGAAAAAAA